GGGUCGAGAGAGGACGGUGAUGCUGUAUAAUAAGAGGUUUGUUAUGUUCAGGUGCAAAAGCUGAGAAGAAGAACAGAAGCACACAUUACCACAAACUCAACACACACCCUGCAUGGAGUUCAGGACUUACAUGAGAUACAGUAUGGUUUGUCUCAUUUCAGUGACCCUGCUCUUGUCAGUAGUAUGUGGUAUAGGAGCAUAUAUUCCUCAUCGCUAUCAAUUUGUGAAUGAGAAUAAAACCUGGAGUGAAGCUCAGAAUUACUGCAGAGAGAAAUACACUGAUCUGGCCUCCAUCAACGACAUGGGAGAGAUGAUGAAGCUGAAUUACACACUGAAGAUGGAAACUGUAAAGAAAGCUUGGAUCGGUCUACAGAGAGAGGGCACUGGGGAAUGGAAGUGGUCUCUGGCAGACCAAACUUUCUACAGAGACGGAGGCACUUACAGAAACUGGAGUAGUGGACAACCAGACAACUACGGGGAAAAUGAGUUCUGUGGUUCCAUAAUAAAAAGCGAUGGUUCCUGGAAUGAUGUUAACUGUGGUACAACAUUGCUUUUUGUGUGUUAUGAAGAAAAGAACACUAACACUAAUAGAUACAUGUUUAUUAAUGAGAGAAAGACCUGGUAUGAUGCUCAGACCUACUGCAGAGAGAAACACACCGACCUGGUCAGUGUGAGGAACAAAACUGAGAAUGAUGAGAUCUGGAAAGUGAUUCAAAGUGCAACUGAUGUAUAUGUUUGGAUUGGUCUGUUUAAAGACUCCUGGAAGUGGUCAGAUCAGAGUAAUUCCUCAUUCAGAUACUGGAGCUCUGACAAACCCAGUGGAGGUUUGAACUGUGCUGCAGUGAAUGUGUCUGAUCAAGACCACUGGACCAAUGUGGACUGCACAGAAAAACUCCCCUUCAUCUGCCAUGAGAAGAGACUGGUCUUGAUUAAUCAGAGUCUGACCUGGUGGGAUGCUCUGAACUACUGCAGGAACCAUCAUUAUGACCUGGUCUCAGUGCGCUCUGAGAAGAUGCAGCUCUGGGUGAAGGAAGUGGUUCAAAACACCUCCACUGAACACGUGUGGCUCGGUCUGCGUCACGACUGCGUCCAGCGUAUCUGGUUCUGGGUUUUUGGAUCGAUGGUCUGCUACCAGGACUGGGCCCCGGGGAAUGGGACAUGGAAUGAAGACUGCAGCCAUGAGAGGAGAAGCGGAGCAGUGCAGCCUGGAGGAAAGCAGCAGUGGAUCGAACUGUCUGAGGGCUACAAACUCAACUUCAUCUGCUCUACCUAUGACGAUAUGUUUUAAUAACAUGAAGACUGAAGACAAGCUGUGGUCCUCCAUCUGUAUCCAACAUCAGCAGAUCUACAGUACUGUCUCUUUUAUACUCUUGCUAUAAUGUAUACUCUUUAUCCAGAUGUUUCAUUAUAUUUGUAAAAUUAUAUUCAGUAAAUUCCACAGGCUCCAUACAGCAUGACCUUUUCAUAUACACAGAGUAUGUUACCUAUAUUAUACUUGCUUUUCUUAUUAAUAGAGGGUUUAGGGCAGGGGUGUCCAAUCUGAUC